AUGGAUAACAGUAGAAGGCCUUUAUCGAAGAGAACUAGGCUUCAAGAUGAGAUAUAUUUUAGACGAUGUUGGGCGGAGAUUCAGGCGAAAAAGAAGGCUGAAAAGGGCGCCGUUGGGGGUGAGUCGUCACGUAGUGGGAGUGGUGGUGGUGGGAGGAGAGGGGUUGGGGCUAGAAUUGAGAAUGGUGCUUAUGAUUCUGAGUCUGUGGCUGUUUCUGGUGUUGGUGAAGAUGAGAGGGGAGAGAGAGGAUCAGAAGUUGCGAUAAUGGGUGACAAUGUGGACGAUAAUAGGAAAGAACGAGUUGGGUAUGUCAAUUUUGGGAGUUCAGAAGGGAAGAAGAUUGGAAAAUCCGAAAUGGGUUCUAAGAUGACUGAAAAAGACGUUGAAAUUAAUGGUAAUUCCGAGAAAAUUCAGAUAAAGUUGAAAAAGGGGGUGAAGGAGAAGAAAAAGAAGAAGAAUUUGGGUCCAAUUGGUGGUGGUUUGAAAAGAAAUAUGAAAUUGGAGAAAAGUUCGAAGAAUGUUGAGAAUUUGGGUAGAAUUGGUGUUGAUGACGAUGUGAGUGGUAUUGACAGUGAUAGUGAUAGUGAAGUUCAAUGCUUGGGUGAAGGGAUUGCUUCCAAUGGUUCUUCUUUGAAAUCGGUGUCUGAGUCGUGGUCAGGGUCUUGUCUGAAGCCGGGGUCUGAGUCGGGGUCAGGUUCUAAGGUGUGGUUUGAGAAAGGGGAGAAUUUUGAUUUCAUGGAUGAGAGUAGUGGGGUUAAGACAAAUGAAGGGAAGAAUAACAGUGUAGUGGAUGAAGCACAACCAGAGUUUGGAGAUUCAAAGAAGGGAAAGGAUGUGAGGGAUGCUAAUGUCUUUGUUGUUUCGGAGGAUUCAGAGAAGUCCAUUGAUUUAGAGGAUUCAGAGGAUUAUGGUGACUCGGAGGAGACGGAGGAGUCAGAAUCCUCUAGUGAGGAGGAUAAUGAUGAUCCAGAUGAUGAGGACUACAGAAUGGAGAAGUGGUUCAGCCCAGAUGAUUGCAGUUCUUCAAGUGAGGAUGCAGAUGGGGAAGAUGAAAACAAUGAGUGUGAUGUUGUGAAGCGAAAAGAUGAUGGGAAGAGAAAGGAGAAAAUGGUUGAUGUGGGAUUAAAGAGAAAAAGGAAGAAGGAAGAGGAGGAAGAAGAAAAAGAAGAUGAUGAAAAUAAUGAUGAUGUUGUCGAGAUAAACAAUGUUAAUGGGAUGUGGAAGGAGAAAAAGGUUGAGGCUGGAUGGAUGAAAAAAAUCAGAGCUUGUGGGGUAACUGAUUCGUAUUCAUGCUCUUUAAAUGAUGAGAGGCAAAAUGGAAAUGGCUGUGGCAUUUUAAAGGCUGAAAUUGCUGAUGGGGAGGAAAAGAAGAGGAGCACUCUGGGUGGGUUAGAUAGAAGAAAAUUUUGUGGAUUGGAUAUUUUGGUUAAUUGUGACAAAGGAGAUAAUGAAGAGCAUAAGACCUUGGUAGAACGUCUUCGAUCAAAUUCUGUUCCUAAAUCUAGAAAGACAAAACAGGAAUUUGGGAAGUUUAGUUGCCCUCUCCCUGUUGAAGAGUAUGAGGAGCCCGAUCCUUCAUCUGACAGUGAAGGUGAUAAUGAUGACAACUAUAAGGAUAAUGCAGGCAAAAUUGAUGAGAAGGGCAAAGAGAAGGUAGUGUCCUCUUCUGAGAGAAAGGAUAGUCAUGCACCAAAGGAUCUUGAUUUUCUCCAGAUCCUUGCUGAUUCUAUUUGGGAGACUGGAGAUACACUUCGGGCAAAAUUAGAAUCUCAUGGGCAAAAAGCUACAGGUCAAGAGCCGUUGCCCUUGAAGUUCCGAUUUGAAGAUGAGGAUCCAGCUCCGCUGGAGAAACCAGAAUGGCAGAAAGACAUGGAUGAUCUUUUUGUAGAGAUGGAGAUGGCCCUCAGAACCUUGGAGAUUGGUUCGGCCCAUUCUUCUGUGGUUGAUAAUGAUGACAUCAUGUCCACAGAAACUGAAACAAACCCAGCUGCUCUUUGUCGUCGAGGGGACCACUAUCCUAUUCUUGAUGAAGAAAUUGGAAUCAGAUGCAGAUAUUGCUCUCUUGUGCUAUUGGAGAUGAAAUAUGUCUUACCCACUUUUAGUAAGCAUUCUUGGGAGAGACAGGGAAAGAAAGACUUUGGCAAAUCAGACUGCUACAUUUUGGAUGAUUUUCCAUUACAAGAUUCUGCUUGUCAAGACCAGUAUGGUUCUAAAAGCUCUGAUCACACAGAAGGCACUGUGUGGGAUAUAAUUCCUGGUAUUAAAGAAAGUAUGUAUCCUCAUCAAAGAGAAGGGUUUGAAUUCCUUUGGAGAAACAUUGCCGGAGAAAUCCGCAUUGAGAAGUUGAAACAGUGUCUUCAUAUUGAUGGGAGUCCUAUUGAUGGGAGGGGAUGCAUAAUCUCGCAUGCCCCUGGGACGGGGAAAACUCGUCUGACCAUAGUCUUUCUCCAGACACUCAUGAAGCGUUACCCAAAAUGCCAGCCACUGAUUAUAGCUCCUCUCAGCAUGCUACGCACCUGGGAAUAUGAGUUCCAGAAAUGGAAUGUUGACAUUCCGUUUCACAAUCUGAACAAAUUGGAGUUCUCAGGCCAGGAAAAUGCAACAGCAAUGGAAAUCCAUAGGCAAGCUGGAAACAGUGGAAGAAGACAAGACUCCAUUCGUCUGGGAAAGUUAUAUUCCUGGACACAUGAUACAAGUAUAUUGGGGAUCAGUUAUGGAUUGUUUAAGCAGCUUGUUGGAGGAGGUAAAAACAAAGGAAUAGAUGAGAAAAUUAGGGAAAUUCUCCUUAAAAUACCUGGCGUAUUAGUGCUUGAUGAAGGGCACACGCCUCGAAAUGACCGUAGCUGUAUAUGGAAGGAUUUGUCAAAAGUUGAAACAUGGAGGCGCAUAAUCCUCUCUGGGACUCCAUUCCAGAAUAAUUUUAGUGAGCUCUACAAUACACUCAGAUUGGUCAAUCCAAAUUUUGAUGACUGGAUCACAUCUAGAAGUUGUGGGGGAAGUGGUAAAAAUCUUGGGUGGAAAAGAAGCAAUAUAGCAAGGGGGAAAUGGGCCUCUCUGACCAGUUCCAUUGGCAAAAAUACCGAUGAAAAACUGAAGGAGCUUAAAGCCAUGAUUGAGCCAUUUGUGCAUGUGUACCAAGGCACAAUACUACAAGAGAACCUUCCCGGUUUGAAGGACACUCUGAUUAUUUUACGGCCCACGGACUUACAGAAGAGCCUCCUGGAAAAGAUUCAAAGAAGAAAGAGCUAUUUUAAAGUGGAACAUUGUGUGUCAUUGAUCACUAUACACCCUUCUCUGCUGCCCAAGUCUUUGCUUGAGGAGGAAGAAUUCGGUGCCCAAAGGGCUCAGCUAGAAAAACUUAAAUUGGAUCCUUAUGCUGGAGUGAAAACUGAGUUUGUCAUAGAGCUCGUCCGACUUGGUAAGGCUCUGGACGAGAAAGUUCUGGUUUUCAGUCAAUUUCUUGAUCCCUUGGCCUUCAUAAUGGAGCGCUUGAAAGCUCAUUUUGACUGGAGUGAAGGACGAGAGGUUUUGUAUAUGCAUGGAUCUCUUGAUGAAAAGCAGCGCCAUUCAUUAAUCAGUGUUUUUAAUGAUCCUACGAGUGAGGUAAGGGUGCUUCUUGCAUCAACAAAAGCUUGUUCCGAAGGAAUAAAUCUGGUGGGUGCCUCAAGGGUUGUUUUGCUUGAUGUUGUUUGGAAUCCAUCUGUGCAAAGGCAAGCCAUAAGUCGGGCAUAUAGGCUUGGACAAAAGAAACUUGUAUAUAUAUACCAUCUCAUUGCUGGAACAAUGGAGGGUGAGAAAUUUGUACGACUAGUGGAGAAGGACCGCUUAUCUGAGCUGGUAUUUACUUCUAUGGGCAGAAACAAUGAUGAGCCAGAAAUCUUGCCUACAGUCCCGGAAGACAAGAUACUGGAAACAAUGGUUCAGCACAGGACGCUGAGUCAUAUAUUUGAAAAAAUACUUUACAAACCAAAAGAAUCGGAUUUGUUUGAAACUUUCAAUUUGGUGGAUCUGUAG